CCUCCCAAGUCCCAAGUCCCAACUUCCAAGCAAUGAAAUGAACCAACUGCUGAAAUAAAACAAAGAAAGCGUCACCGUCGUGUGAGCAGAGACCUGAGAGUAGUACAGGACGAAUUUAGAAGGAAGACCAAACGAGCCUCCACUGCUGACUCCUCCCACCCAGACCCAGUCGUGAUCUUAAAAUUAAUAACGAGAAGAGUCCCUCUCCUCCGUCUUCCGCUUCUUCUCUCUUUCCAGUUUCGCUUCAUCCUCUUCCUCGUCGAUCAAUUCUACUUUAUCAAAGAAAUAAAUACAGAACCAGAAAAUAGGAACAGAGAGAGUUGUUGCUAACAAGCAAUAAAAUGUCGUCCUCCGAAAAUCACACCUCCUCUACAUCCGGAUCUGCCGCUGCAAUCAACGGCGGACACACCACGCCGAAAACCCCUUCACAGCCACAGGGGCGCAAGAAAGCCUUGAUCACUGGUAUCACCGGUCAGGACGGUUCUUACCUCACGGAGUUCCUUCUCAGCAAGGGCUACGAGGUCCAUGGCCUCAUCCGCCGCUCUUCCAACUUCAAUACCCAGCGCAUCAAUCACAUCUACAUCGAUCCCCACAAUUCCCAUAAGGCUCACAUGAAGCUACACUACGCUGACUUAACCGACGCCUCCUCUCUCCGCCGUUGGCUCGACAUCAUCCUUCCCGACGAGAUCUACAACCUCGCCGCCCAGUCCCACGUCGCCGUCUCCUUUGAGAUCCCCGACUACACUGCCGACGUCGUUGCCACCGGUGCCCUCCGCCUUCUCGAAGCCGUACGAUCCCAUAUUUCUGCCACUGGCCGUACUCACAUCCGCUACUACCAGGCCGGAUCCUCCGAAAUGUUCGGAUCAACACCACCUCCCCAAUCAGAAUCCUCCCCAUUUCAUCCCCGAUCCCCUUACGCCGCUGCCAAGUGUGCUGCGCAUUGGUACACUGUAAACUAUAGGGAGGCUUACGGCAUCUUCGCCUGCAACGGGGUUCUCUUCAAUCACGAAUCGCCGCGCCGUGGUGAGAAUUUCGUGACUCGCAAGAUAACUCGAGCAGUGGGCCGGAUCAAGGUCGGGCUCCAGAGUAAACUAUUCUUGGGCAAUUUGCAGGCUUCGAGGGAUUGGGGGUUUGCGGGAGACUAUGUCGAAGCGAUGUGGUUAAUGCUUCAGCAGGACAAGCCGGAUGAUUACGUGGUGGCGACGGAAGAGUCUCAUACGGUGGAAGAAUUCUUGGAGGUGGCAUUUGGGUAUGUUGGGUUGAAGUGGAGAGAUCACGUGGUGAUCGACAAACGGUAUGUUAGGCCGGCAGAAGUGGAUAAUUUGAAGGGAGAUUCGACCAAGGCGAGGAGUGUACUGGGGUGGAAGCCCAAGGUUGGAUUUGAGCAAUUGGUGAAAAUGAUGGUGGAUGAGGACAUUGAAUUGGCAAAGAGGGAGAGGGUGCUUGUUGAUGCUGGGUAUUUGGAUGCACAGCAGCAGCCUUGAUGGACUGAUAUAUUCAUGUCUGAUAUAAGAAGGUUUUGCAUUUCUCUUCGUUAUUGCGAUUAGAGUCAAUGUAGCGGAAGAUUAGUACUUUUUUUUCUUUAUUGUUAUUGGAUGUAUUUUGUUCUUCUUUCGCUUCUUGUGGUUGAUUGAUAUUUACAUAUCUAAUUCAUUCAAUUCUAGUAAUUCGAUAAAAUAUGCAGCAUUAUAGUA